GGAACACUUCACGCCCAUCAAGGGAAGGUAUUUGUCAUUCAGUAUUUGCCAGCUGGUGUGGAAGGAUGUGUUAAGUAUAAUUUAGUUGUUUUCUCCCAUGAAUGUUAACGAGAUUUAUUAAGCUGACCGACGGGAUCUCAUCUCGCUGUCGGGUGUGAAAAAACUUUUUACAAUUACCAAGUGUUAUCUGUACAGUGUUGUGAUUUUAGAUUGAAAACAUGUUCAGCUGGCUAACUAGAGAUGAAAGCAAGCACACAGACAUUUACGACAGUGUGGUUGAAGGUCUUAAAAGAAUUUACAAACAGAAGCUCCUACCAUUGGAAUUGGCUUAUCAAUUCCAUGACUUUCAUUCCCCACAAUUAGAUGAACCUGAUUUUGAUGCUAAGCCUAUGAUAUUGCUGGUUGGACAAUAUUCCACUGGUAAAACAACUUUCAUUAAAUACUUGUUAGAAAGAGAUUUUCCUGGAAUAAGGAUAGGCCCAGAACCAACAACUGACAGGUUUAUAGCUGUAAUGUACGAUGAAAAAGAAGGCGUCAUUCCUGGUAAUGCCCUAGUAGUGGACCCUAAGAAACAAUUUAGACCUUUGACAAAAUUUGGAAAUGCAUUUCUUAACAGAUUUCAAUGUUCUACUGUUAAUUCAAGUGUACUCAAAGGCAUCUCAAUUGUUGAUACCCCUGGAAUCCUUUCAGGAGAGAAGCAGAGGGUUGAUAGGGGUUAUGAUUUUACCGGUGUUUUAGAAUGGUUUGCUGAAAGGGUAGACAGAAUUAUUCUCUUGUUUGAUGCUCAUAAACUUGAUAUAUCUGAUGAGUUCCGUAGGUCCAUUGAAGCAUUGAGAGGGCAUGAUGAUAAAAUAAGGAUUGUUUUAAAUAAAGCAGAUAUGGUUGAUCAUCAGCAGCUGAUGCGCGUUUAUGGUGCUUUAAUGUGGUCUUUAGGUAAAGUGUUACAAACGCCUGAAGUUGCAAGAGUAUAUAUUGGCUCAUUUUGGGAUCAACCGCUGAGGUUUGAUACAAAUAGGCGGUUGUUUGAGGAUGAAGAACAGGAUUUAUUUAGAGAUUUACAAUCUCUUCCACGUAAUGCUACGCUUCGAAAACUUAAUGAUCUGAUUAAGAGAGCUAGGCUAGCUAAGGUUCAUGCAUAUAUCAUUAGCUCUUUGAGGAAAGACAUGCCUUCCAUGUUCGGAAAAGAUGGCAAGAAGAAGGAAUUGAUCAAAGGUCUAAAUAGCAUUUACGAGAAUAUUCAAAGGGAACAUCAAAUAUCACCAGGUGAUUUUCCAGACAUAAGGAAAAUGCAAGAGGUAUUACAAAACCACGAUUUCACUAAGUUUCAAACUAUUAAACCCCGUCUUCUUGAAGUUGUUGAUAAAAUGUUGGCUGAAGACAUAUCAAAAUUAAUGGCACAAAUUCCUCAUGAGGAUAUUGUUUCUGCCCCCUCAAAUCUGUCUGGAAGGCGAAGAAGUAUUGACCUGAAUGCCUGGAAUUCCCGAUUUGUUGAUUACCAAGGUCAAGGAGGAGCAUUUGAUGGAGUGGAAGAUGGCAGCACACCCUUCGGCUAUAAGAGAGGUGAAGGUAUUGAUGCUGGCCACGGAGAACCCGAAUGGAUUGUUAACAAGCUUCGUUAUAAAUAUGAUACAAUAUUUGAAACCCUUGGCCCUGUCAAUGGGAAAAUUUCUGGAGAAGCUGCCAAAAUUGAGAUGGUCAAAUCGAAGCUGCCUAAGCCAGUUCUUGGAAAGAUAUGGAAACUGUCUGAUAUCGACCGAGAUGGCUUCUUAGACUCUGACGAAUUUGCUCUAGCUAUGCAUUUAAUCCAAGUUAAAUUGGAUGGACACGACUUGCCUACUACUUUACCAGAUCAUCUUGUACCCCCAUCAAAAAGGGACUAGUGCUACGCUUCGUUUACACAUGCUCGGUAUAUACAGCAUAUAUUUUUUGCUACCGUAGAUAAAUUAUAUCAACACAUUCUUUCUUUGACUCACAAAAAAAAAUUAUAUCUCAUAAUUACCAACUAAAUUCCAUUUUAGUCCUAUGUUGUACAAAGAUGUAAGUUAAUUUAUGAAAUUUCUAGGUUAAAGUGAUAUAUAUUUAUUGUGCAAGUGCCUAUUUAUAGAUUCAGAGGUGCAUUUUAAUUAAAUCAGAGUAAGGAGACUGGUUUAUUGAUAUAAAUUAAUAAACAUAGUAAAUUAUUACUUUUCUUAAAAGAAAAUCCUUAUGUUAAUAAUUGUAAAGUUCGCUCUUGCCACUUAAAAAAAGACAUUUUGAGAAGAAGAAAAAAAGAGUUUAUAUAUUUAAAUUGAUUUAUUUUGAUGUUUAUUUAUAUCUAUAUUUUUAAAUUUUCAUUUAUGAAGAUUUUUGUUUUGUUUUUAUUUUUAAAUGCCAAGAGUCUUUUAUUUUUAACAUUGUCAAGCACAAUCCCUUUAAGUGUGCUUAUAAAAAUGUAUAAACAAUUGUUUUACUUACAUCACAAAGUCAUAUUCUCUGUCUGGUUUCUAUAAAGAACCAAAUUAAGACUGAUUGCCUGGCUUCCCCUUUCUGUCUUAUUUUGAGUUCUUUGUAACAACAGGGAUUUGAAGCAGACAAAAUUAAUUUUAAAAUGUGUAAUGCUUCAAAAAGAGCUUAUUAUUUAUACCUGCGCUAUUAGAAAAAUAUAAAUUCCUUUAUUUUUAAUCUUAGUCAUUUUUAAAUAGCUUAGUUUCUGUUAUUGGCAAUAUUUCUGUAUUAGCACAAAAGCAAUACAUUGUUUAUGAAAAUGUUUAACAUUAAAAAAGUAAAAAUGUUUUAGAAAAAUUAUUCGUUUUGAAAUAAGGGUGUCAAUUAUGUCUUAGAGCCAAAGAUAUGUGAUGUUUUUUUAUCAUAUUGGUAUUAAUAUGACAAAAAAGCAAUCGGGAGCGUAAAAACUAUUAAUUAUAGACAUUUGAUAGCAUUUAAUUAAUUGUGUAUAUAAUUAUAUUAUAUCGCUUAAGGGAUUUAAGUGUGUGUGAUUUGUAUGAUAUGAGUAAAAAUGAAAAAUUAUAUUUGUGUGCAAUCAAUAAAUAAAAUGAAAAUAGGUGACAAAAAUUGAAGUAGUCAUAAUAAAAAUAUUUUGUAUAUUGCUUUAGAACAAUCUAAAUUGUAUUCUCUAAUAAGUAAAUUAAUUAGUAUUUAAUUAGAAAACUUUAUAAUGUCAUGAUGUAUCCUAAAUUGACACGUACAUUUUUCACUUUUUUGUGAUUAUGACUUCUUCAAUUUCAUAUUAUUAUCACAUAUAUAUUUAAAAAAGUUAAAAUAUAAAUCUAUAUAUUUGU